AUGGCCGCCCAACGCCGUUCGCUGCCCUGCGGCAUCUACGCCCCGACCAUGACGUUCUUCGACCGCGAGACCGAGGACCUCGACAUCACCACCAUUAAAAAGCACGCCCAGCGCCUCAUCCGUGACGGCCUCGUCGGCCUUGUCGUUAUGGGCUCCAAUGGCGAAGCCGUCCACUGCACGCGCGAGGAGAAGCUCGCCGUCACCAAGGCCACCCGCGAGGCGCUCGACGACGCCGGCUUCACCACCACACCAAUCAUCCUCGGCGCCACAGAGGGCUCUGUCCGCGGCACCAUUGAGCUGUGCACACUCGCCGCGCAGCAGGGCGCCGAUUACGCCCUCAUCCUCCCGCCUUCGUACUACCGCGCCCAGACGGACGAGGGCGUCAUCUUCCAGUACUUUUCCGCUGUCGCCGAUGCCUCCCCGCUGCCCCUCAUCCUGUACAACUACCCCGGCGCCGUGUCGGGCAUCGACAUGGACAGCGACCUCGUCAUCCGGCUCGCGCAGCACCCCAACAUUGUCGGCACCAAAUUCACCUGCGGCAACACGGGCAAGUUGACGCGCGUGGCACAGGCGACGCGCGCCAAGACGCCCGCCGAGGAAGGGUCCGGCUACAUGGCGUUUGGCGGUAUGUGCGACUUCACGGCGCAGACGCUGCAGAGCGGCGGCAGCGGCAUCAUUGCGGGCGGUGCCAACGUCAUGCCCAAGGUCUGCGCACGCGUGUGGAGCUUGUAUGUGGAGGGCAAGCGGGACGAGGCCGAGGCGCUGCAGAAGAUCCUGAGCAAGGGCGACUGGCCACUCACCAAAGCUGCCAUUGCAGGAACGAAGCAGGCCAUCCAGAGCUGCUUUGGCUACGGCGGGUAUCCGCGACGUCCGCUGAAGCACCUCGACGAGGCUCGUGUCAGGGCGAUUGAGGAGGGGAUCCGUGAAGUGAUGGAGGUGGAAAAGAGUCUGUAA